AAAUCCUUUUCCAAGCCCCGCCCGCCGAAACCAAAUUUCCGCCUCUAGGAAACCCAAGUAGGCUCCGUUCCCUCCAAAACCCCAAUGUCCACGCUCUAUAAACUCUCCCCCAUCCUCCCUCCUAAUCUUCUCAUCUCCAAUUCCCAUCAUCUCAGAGGAAAUCAAAUUUCCUUUCGUCAAAGCAGCCAUGUCAGGUCGCGGGAAGGGCGGGAAGGGUCUCGGCAAGGGCGGGGCGAAGCGGCACCGGAAGGUGCUCCGCGACAAUAUCCAGGGCAUCACGAAGCCGGCCAUCCGCCGCCUGGCCCGCCGCGGCGGCGUGAAGCGCAUCAGUGGCCUCAUUUACGAGGAGACCCGGGGAGUUCUCAAGGUCUUUCUCGAGAACGUCAUCCGCGACGCCGUCACCUACACCGAGCACGCUCGCCGCAAGACCGUCACCGCCAUGGACGUUGUCUACGCUCUCAAACGCCAGGGCCGUACUCUCUAUGGCUUCGGCGGCUGAGAUCCAUCCAUUCGGUGGUUGUUUUUUUAAAACAUUUUUAGGGUUUUGGGCGCUUCUUAUGUGAGCGAGAUGCUGUGAGUUCUUGUUGUCUACCUGGAAUGGAAGUAUCAUGUUCCAUUUCAUCUUUUUAUGAAAUAGAGAAGAAAAACGAAAAAAAAUCUAAUCUUGCAAACCAGUUCUGUGAUUGCUUGUUGAUGCUGGUCAGUUUAGUAUAUAUAAUUAAGUUUCAAUUCAAGGAA